CUGGCCAUUAACUGAUAUCAGCCAGCUGAGCAAUAUAAACAAAGAAAAAUGCUUGUUUAGUUUAAAUUUUAAAUAAAUAUACAAUUAUUCGUUUACUAUUCCGCAAAUGAAUUAUAAUUGCAAAAUUCAGGCCAAUAGAUGUUUCCUAAUCAAAUUAUGAUAAGGCGACGCGUUAUAGCAGCCUAGAUUUGAAUAGAAGAAAAAGUUUAACAAAGUGCUUCUUUAAAUUAUUUUUUCCAUCAUCUGAUUCACAUGUACAUUAAAAAAAUGUAUCGUGAAUUAUUACUCCUAAUAUUUUAUUUAAUUAGCCAAGCAUUUUGUUAUAAACCAGUGAUUCUUUUACAUGGGAUUAUGACUGGAGCCGAAAGCAUGGAACUGAUUAAGGCAAGAAUCCAGGAAAAGCAUCCUGGUACAAUCAUUUAUAAUAUUGAGAGAUUUGGUGGUUGGUCAAGUCUCGAUAAUCUCAAUUAUCAAGUACAACAAAUCAGUCAGGAUUUUAAUAACUUCACAUUGCAGCAUCCCGGUGGUAUUCAUCUCUUAGGUUAUUCUCAAGGGGCAUUAUUAGCAAGAACAAUAUUACAAGCAAAUUUAAAUCACAGCGUUCAUACCUUUAUUUCAUUGAGUGGGCCUCAGGCCGGACAAUAUGGCACACAGUUUUUACAUCUAUUUUUCCCAGGCCUAGCUUUAGAGACAGCAUAUGAGUUAUUUUAUUCCAGAGUGGGUCAACAUACCUCAGUAGGCAAUUACUGGAAUGACCCUUACCAUAAACAACUUUAUGUGGAAUACUCACAGUUUUUGCCUUAUGUUAAUAAUGAAUUGCUUACAAAUAGUAGCAAACAGUAUAAGGAUGCCCUCACUAAAUUAAAAACCAUGGUGCUUAUUGGGGGACCUGAUGACAAUGUUAUUACACCAUGGCAAUCUAGUCAAUUUGGUUAUUAUGAUUCUAAUGGAACAGUAAUAGAUCUGAUGGAAAGAGAUAUUUUUAAGGAUGAUAAAAUAGGUCUGAAAACAUUAUAUGGCAAGAAGAAACUUAAAAUAAUAUCAGUACCAGGGAUAAACCAUUUUGAGUGGCAUUUAAAUGUUUCUAUUGUAGACAAUUUUAUCUUGUCAUAUUUGGAUUAGAAACAAACAUAGUUUAGCAUGUGCCAAAAUGAAAUAGUGAAUUUUAGUUUUAAAUAUAUACCUCUCUACUUUGCUUUACUUAAUUUUUUAUAAUAAUGAGUGACUGUAGGUAUUGUAGUAAACUAUUAUUUAUAGAUCAAUUGUGUGUGAUAGUAAAUGAUGUAAAUAAAAAAAAUUGCAAUA